AUGGGCUGUGGAACCAGUAAGGCCCUGCCGGGGGCCUCCAAGAAGGGCUACGUCAGUGUAGUGCAAUCGCUCGUCGCCUUUAGUAAAGCUCGGGAUGGAAAUGACGAGCCGAAGAAGCGCGCACGGGGAACAUGGUUUUCGUCCUCCAGCGUUAAGAAUCCUCCUGUACAAGCGCCAAUCAGCCAACAACAGGAGCUCAAAGAUGGACGACAGCAGCACAAAGUUGCCAAGUAUAAGGACAAGUUUGACCCCCGAGUGACUGCAAGAUACGACAUCAAGGCUCUGAUCGGUCGAGGAAGCUUCAGCCGCGUGGUGCGCGUGGAGCAUAGGGCCACUCGCCAGCCCUUCGCCAUAAAAAUGAUGGAGGUGGAGGCCCCAGAAGGCCGUGAGGUGUGCGCCUCGGAGCUGGCCGUGCUGCAGAGAGUGAGCCACUCCAAUGUGAUUCAGCUGAUCGAGGUGUUUCAGUUUCCUCAGAGGGUUUACAUGGUGCUGGAGCUCGCUACCGGAGGGGAGCUCCUGGAGCGAGUCGUCAGCAGGGGCCACUUCACCGAGAGGGACGCCACCCAGGCGCUGCGAAUGGUGCUGGCCGGGGUGGGAUACCUGCACAAUUUAGGGGUCACCCACAGAGAUUUGAAGCCGGAAAAUAUUCUGUACUAUCACCCCGGGGCCGACUCCAGGCUGCUGGUGACGGACUUUGGAUUGGCAUCUUUUGGCAACUCUAAGUCUGAGGAUCCGGGCCUGGACAGAAGAGAUGAUGGAGCUCAUACAAGUGCUGAUAAGACUUGGUCCCUCAGAACCACCUGUGGAACCCCUGAGUACAUGGCCCCUGAAGUUUUGCUGAGGAAACCCUAUACCUGUGCUGUGGACAUGUGGGCCCUGGGGGUUAUCGCCUACAUUGUCCUGAGUGGAUCCAUGCCGUUUGAGGACGACAGUCGCACGCGGCUCUACAGGUCCAUUGUGAGAGGGAAGUACAGCUUCCAUGGAGAGCCGUGGCCCUCGGUGUCCAACCUGGCUAAGGACUUUAUCCAGCGCCUGCUGCCGCUCGACCCAGCCACCCGCUUGACGGCUGACCAAGCCAUCCGUCACCCUUGGGUGGCCACCAUGGCAGCCAGCUCCUCCAUGAGGAACCUCCAUCGAUCCAUUUCCCGGAACCUGAGGCAGCGGACGUCCCGCAGCUCCUCCCGGUGCCUGAGCAGCACCGCGGCGAGCUCUGGCAGCUCCAACAAGCUAACGUAA